AUGGGACACGCGACUGACCCGCUCCUCCUCCUCCGCCCGCAGGACCUCGCCGCGUCCAACCAGCUCGUCACUCGCCCGACCGACAACGUCAUCUUCUACAACGCCUCGUACCAGGACCUGACGCGCCCCGUCCAGGGCCCGGCCAACCCUUGGAACGACGGCAAGCUCGAGCGCCAGAACGCCCUCACGGGCCACGUCGAGCAGCAGCACUUUACCGAGGCCGCCUUCCGCGAGCAGCAGCGCACCUUCCACGUCCUCGGCUACGCCGCCAACCCGUCCAUCGCCGCCGGCUCGUCGGCCCCGUCCUUCGUCGGCGACGCCGCCCUCGCCCACACGCACCAGGGCGCGACCGCCGCCCUGGAGGAGGACGACGAGGCGGCGGGCGAGCGUCAGGCCAAGCGGGCCAAGAAGCCGCAGCGCGAGUACGUCGGCCCGUGGGCCGGCUGGGACGGCGAGAGCCUCGCCGUUGCCAUCCCGACGGAGGAGGAGUACGAGGAGCAGGAGGCCCAGGGCGGCAAGCUUCUCAACAAGGAGGAGCGGAGGAAGAAGGUUCUCGAGGACGCCAACCGGCGCGAGGUCGGCUUCGGCGAGGAGAAGAGCGUCUUCCACGGCAAGGAGACGCACGACUACCUCGGCCGCACGUACCUGCACGUCCCGACCGACGUCGACGGCGUCAACUUGCGCGGCACGGCCGGCGAGCAGGAGUGCUUCGUCCCCAAGCGCUGCGUCCACACGUGGAGCGGCCACACCAAGGGCGUCAGCCGCAUUCAGCUCUUCCCCGGCAGCGGUCACCUCAUCCUGUCGGCCAGUCUCGACACGCGCGUCAAGCUGUGGGACGUGUACGGCUCGGGCAAGUGCCUGCGGACGUUCAUGGGGCACAGCAAGGCGGUGCACGACGUCACGUUCGACAACUCGGGCGGCCAGUUCCUCUCGGCCGCGUUCGACCGCCAGAUGAAGCUGUGGGACACCGAGACGGGCCAGUGCAAGCAGGCGUUCUCGAACGGCAAGAUCCCGUACUGUAUCAAGUUCCACCCCGAGCAGCAGUCGACGUUCCUCGCCGGCAUGAGCGACAAGAAGGUCAUCCAGUACGACAUGCGCUCGGGCGAGAUCACGCAAGAGUACAACCAGCACCUCGGCCCGGUCAACACGAUCACGUUCGUCGACGAGAACCGGCGCUUCGUCACGACGUCGGACGACAAGACGAUGCGCGUGUGGGACUUUGACAUCCCCGUCCCGAUCAAGCUCAUCGCCGACCCGACCAUGCACUCGAUGCCCGCCGUCGGCCUCGACCCCAAGGGCAAGUGGCUCGCCGCGACCAGCCUCGACAACCAGGUCGUGCUGUUCGGCGCCGAUACCUUCAAGCAGAACCGCAAGAAGCGGUUCGCCGGGCACACGAUUGCCGGCUACGCGUGCGAGCCGCGCUUCUCUCCCGACGGUCGCUUCCUGUCGUCGGGCGACGGCCAGGGCAACGUCGUCUUCUGGGAUUUCAAGAACGGGCGCAUCGUCGGUCGGCUGCAGCGCGCGCACAAGCAGGUCGUCCUCAGCCACGCCUGGUUGCCGCACGAGACUUCCAAGGUCGUCACGUCGUCGUGGGACGGCUUGAUCAAGCUGUGGGACUGAGCGUCUCCUCGUCUUUCUCUCUCGCAUGUUGUACUCGUGUGCGUUCCUGCAUUGACGCUGUCCAAGGUC